GCGGUGCAGGUUACAGACUCGGGAAGUGCUGGAGUGGGACUCCCAUCUGUGAAGUGUUAUUUCUCUGCGCAGGCAUGUCAGGCAGCAGGCUGAUGAGAGCCGUCAGAGUGAGUGAGUUUGGAGCUCCGUCAGUCCUCAGGCUGUGCUGUGACGUGACUGUCCCUCAGCCCGGACACGCACAGGUGUUGAUCCACGUCCGUGCCUGUGGAGUGAACCCUGUGGAAACUUACAUCCGAGCCGGGACGUACGCGCGGAAACCCGCCCUGCCUUACACUCCGGGCUCUGAUGUAGCUGGAGUGGUGGAAUCAGUUGGAGAAGGAGUGACUGCAGUAAAGGCAGGGGAUCGUGUGUUCACUACAGCCACAGCGUCUGGAGGCUACGCGGAGUACGCUGUAGCAGCUGCCGACUGCGUUUACAAGCUGCCUGAUGCUUUAGACUUCACACAGGGAGCAGCCAUAGGGAUCCCGUACUUCACUGCCUACAGAGCUCUGGUCCACAAAGCACAUGCCAAGGCUGGAGAGACUGUUCUUAUCCAUGGAGCCAGUGGAGGGGUGGGGAUUGCGGCCUGUCAGCUGUCCCGUGCUCUGGGUCUUAGAGUUUUGGGGACAGCGGGGACACCAGAGGGGACGAAGCUGGUCCUUAACAAUGGAGUUCACCUGGCCUUUAAUCACAGAGAAGAAGGAUACACAGACAAAAUCAUGGAAGCCACAGAGGGCCGAGGUGUGGAUGUCAUCGUGGAGAUGCUUUCAAACGUCAACCUCAGUAAGGACCUCCAGAUGCUGGCCUAUGGAGGGCGCGUGACUGUCGUUGGCUCCAGAGGGUCUAUAGAGAUCAAUCCCAGAGACACCAUGGCUAAAGAGAGCAGCAUCAUGGGAGUGGCCCUUUUCUUCGCUACGCCGGAGGAGAAGAAGGAGUGUGGAGCUCUGCUUUAUGCAGGGAUGGAAGCUGGCUGGUUGCGUCCAGUUGUCGGUUCCCAGUAUCCACUCGAAAAGGCUGCCCAGGCCCACUGUGACAUCAUUGAGUCUCCUGGGGCUGCUGGGAAGAUGGUCCUGACUAUGUGACGACAUGACCACGUUAUAGGUUACAGGUCACCACAUACAGUUCAGGCUGUUUUCAGCUGGAUGAUACUUACAUUAAAAGCUUCAGAAACUGUUACUGGUGUUAUCAUUUCGCUUCUGCAGCACUAAAGUAGCUUGCUAGGUCACAGAAAGUAGUUCAUCUAAUGUGGGCUGCAUUAGCUUUGUUCACUGUACUGCUGCACUGCUGUUUGUUAGUAGGAUGAGACCUUACUGUAAUUAUUUCCUUACUUUGUUUUAAUGUACUUUUGUAUUUUUAAAGCUGCAUUUAAUAUUAUUUUGGACAUGCAGCAGUUAUAAAGCAACAAAGCAAUGUUAGAAAUAUGACUCCAAAAGAAUUAUAUCGAAUUAUCUGUCUAA